GUGCCGGCACUCACCCGGAAGGAGAAGCGGGGACCGGCUAUAUGGUGGGGCGCUGGCGCUGUGGCGAGUGGGUGCUGCUCUCAGAUGUUUUCUUGCAAUGGGCUUUUGAUGUAGGAUGUUGGAGAACCAAGAGCAGGAGGAGGUGAUCACUGUGCGUGUUCAGGACCCCCGUGUGCAGAAUGAGGGCUCCUGGAACUCCUACGUAGACUAUAAGAUCUUCCUCCAUACCAACAGCAAGGCCUUCACUGCCAAGACAUCCUGUGUGCGUCGCCGCUACCGUGAGUUCGUGUGGCUGCGGAAGCAGCUCCAGAGAAACGCUGGUUUAGUGCCUGUACCGGAACUUCCUGGGAAGUCAACCUUCUUUGGCAGCUCAGAUGAGUUCAUUGAGAAGCGACGACAAGGUCUGCAGCACUUCCUCGAAAAGGUCCUGCAGAGUGUGGUCCUCCUGUCAGACAGCCAGUUACACCUCUUCCUGCAAAGCCAGCUUUCGGUGCCUGAGAUAGAAGCCUGUGUCCGGGGCCAAAGCCGCACGACCGUGUCUGACGCCAUCCUUCGCUACGCUAUGUCAAACUGCGGCUGGGCCCAGGAGGAGAGGCAGGGCUCUUCUCACUUGGCUAAAGGAGACCAGCCUAAGAGUUGCUGCUUUUUUCCAAGAUCGGGCAGGAGUAGUUCUCCCUCAACGCCUCCUGAGGAAGAAAAGGACCAUUUUGAGGAGAAAACUUUCCCCUAAACUAACAUGAAGAACCAGGAAAAUCACAACCGGGAGAUGCCAAUCUGUCCUGCCUCUCCUCGCUUCCGCCCGGGGACUGCACCCGCCCACUCUGCGAGGCGGGGGAAGCGGAGCCGCCGCCUGGAGCUGCAGCCGCCUUCGCGCUUGUUCCUAUGAACCUGUGUUCAUUGCUCUGAAGGACAGUACACAGCAUCUCACUUGGUCCUGACCAAGAGUUUCAGGGAUUUCUGCCCCUGGAAAGGGAAACGGACGUACACAGAGCUGCUGAGAGAGUCGGUGUAAUGCAGCUCUAAACCAGCAUGUAUGGGCUUAUUCAUUUGAAAACGUCAUUUUUGUAGUGCAAAUCAGCAGUGGUGCAGGCCAGCAAAUCUCAGAGGUGUCUGUGGAGCAUAGAAGCUCGCUGGUGGUUCUUAAACCCUGAGGAAUUCAUGGCAUGAGCACUGUCUUCCCAGUCUAGCCGUAAGCUGCUGCCUAUCCAAGCACAAACUUCUGAAAGGCAGGGCAGUUUCUCUGUGCUUGGUCCUAAGCACACCCAAAUGCCCCCAGACAAUGGUUCUCAACCAGGGGUGAUUUGGUUUCCAGGGGACAUUUUUGUUUGUCAGAACUGGAGGUGGAGUGGAGGGGGGAGGGGAGUACUACUUGUAUCUAGUGUCUGGAGACCAGGGAUGCCACAAUGCCCCCAACAACAUAAAAUUAUCUGGCUCAAAAUGUUAAUUGUGCCAGGUCGAACCCUGUACUAACAGAGUGAAGCAAUAAGCUCCAAGUUUUGCCCUCUCUGCCCCCCAAAACUUCCAUUGCAUUGCCUUGGAAAUGUUU